AUGUCGUUCCCCACUGUCGGGAUCGACAGCGUCCGCGACAUUGUCGAUUCAUUGCUCCCUCUGGUGUCAUGGAAGACCUUGGCUUUAGUUUUGGCUUUGGUUAAUAUCAAGAAUCUCCCCUUCACAUGGCAUGUUCGCUUGCUCUACUAUCUCAUUGGAAACUUGCGUUUCCGCCCAGGAGUCACGCUUCCUGGCAAUGCAGAACGUGCUCUUGAUUCCAAGGGCAAGCCCACGCAUCCGGUCUUCGUCCCCACAAGUAUCUACUCGAGGACGCCUUUCCUAGAAACGGACUACAAUAUCCACAAGUCCAAUAGCACCUAUUUCUCUGACCUUGACAUCUCGCGUACCGCUCUCGUCACGCGGCUCUACAGCCCUGGCAUGAGCAUUGUCAGCAAGCAGCUGGAUAACGAGCUCCUCGAUGCCAGCAAAGGUGGAAGGCCGUCCAAAAAGAAGGCAUCCAUGUACAUCGCCCUUGGUUCCGUGUACUGUACAUUCAAACGAGAGAUCAAGCCUUUUGAACUCUACGAGAUCCAGUCCAAGGUUGCUGCCUGGGACAGGAAGUGGUUAUACAUCAUAAGCUUCUUCUUGCGCCCUGAGAAGCGCAAGGGUCAACCCAAGACUCUGUUUGCUGUUGCCAUCAGCAAAUAUGUGGUCAAAAAAGGCCGACUGACUGUGCCUCCGGAAAGGGUUCUCCGAGCCAGUGGGUUCCUACCUUCGUUGCCCGAGGGUACCUCUGAGCAGCCAGUAGUUGCGGACUCUGGCGAGACUUCAGCGACUGGCACUCCGGCCAGCACAGAAGGGAUCACGGCAGCGCAAGGUGUGGACGGAUCAUUGCUCCGUGAGGUAUUGACUGUCAAUGAAGACAACAGUCCCGACUCCGCAGAGCUGGACAAACAAAAGAAGGAGAAUGGCGAAGCUUGGGAUUCCCAAGAGUGGACUUGGGAGAUGAUCGAGCAGGAACGAAAGCGGGGUCUGCAGCUUAUAGAAGGCUACACUGAACUGGAUACGAAGCUUCACGCGGAAUGGGAGGCUUGA